CCCAAAAGUUGACCAUCUAUCUCGGGCCCCACUACUCUUUCCUUUAAAUUCUCAAUGCUCUGUUCCUGCUCUCGCAUUCUCUAUCUCUCAUAAAACUCUCAACUUUGCGUCAUUUUUAUUAUCGAAGCACUUAUCUUUCAAUUCCAAGCGAACCCUUUAAUCUUCCUUGCAUAAUUCACCAGUUUCUUUGAUUUCCCUAUCGCUCAAAACAGAGAAUUCAAGGCCUUUAUUGGGUUGUUUGAGAUUCAAUCAUUCAAUGGCUAGCCAAUCCAGUGCUCAAUCAGUUCAUGAUUUCACUGUUAAGGAUGCUAGGGAAAAUGAUGUUGACCUCAGCAUAUAUAAGGGGAAGGUCCUCUUGAUUGUCAAUGUUGCUUCACAAUGUGGCUUGACCAAUUCAAACUACACGGAGUUGACCCAGCUAUAUGACAAAUACAGGGAUCAAGGUUUGGAGAUUCUGGCUUUUCCAUGCAAUCAGUUUGGAUCUCAGGAGCCAGGGAACAAUGAACAAAUAGUGGAGUUUGCUUGUACUCGCUUUAAGGCUGACUAUCCCAUAUUUGAUAAGGUUGACGUGAAUGGUAAGAAUGCUGCUCCAAUUUACAAGUUCUUGAAGUCUAGCAAGGGUGGACUUUUUGGGGACAGCAUCAAAUGGAACUUUUCCAAGUUCCUGGUGGAUAAAGAUGGCAAAGUUGUGGAUCGUUAUGCUCCCACUACUUCCCCUCUUAGCAUUGAGAAAGAUGUCAAGAAACUACUGGGGAUUGCUUAAUUGCUCAAGGCAUGGUUGUUUAAUUGCGCCUGUUGAAGAAAUAUAAGAGGACGCAGCGCUGCUAUGAAUAAAUUGUUAAUGAAUAUGUUUUACAAGUAAUACUGAAUUUAUUUAUGUAAAAUAUAUUUAUUAUUAAUAAAAAAAAAAUAUUUUUAAUAUUUAUUUUUAUUUGAUUUAUAAAGUUGUUAUAAAAUAUUGUUUUUAAAUGUUCAUACUUAAUGUUAUAUUAAUUAGAGUUUUUUGAGUUUGAUAUA